UCCUGCUCACUCAGAAGAGACACACCGUCCUACAGACAAAACAGCACAACUUCCACUGACACAGAACCAACGGAGGGAAUGUUGGGAAUAAUUGUUCUACUGGAAUACUGAAACUUUAACCAGGUACUGAAUCCACAAACUGAACAAGAGUUUAAAAAAGUACAGUACCAAAGUGAAAGUAACUUUCAGGGACGGGGAGUGGCUUUCUGUUUUUGUGCUUGGUCAUUAACUUCAGUCAGAGAUAAAUGGCGUCCAAGUUAGAGGAAGAUUUGUGCUGUCCGAUCUGCCAUGACAUUUUUAAUGAUCCGGUCAUCCUGUCCUGCUGUCACAGCUUCUGUAGAGUGUGUGUGCAGCAAGGCUGGGAAGGCAAGGAAAAAGAGGAUUGUCCAGUUUGUAGGCGGAGACAGUCAAGGGAUGUUAAAACCAACUUUGCUCUACAAAAUCUUUGUGUGAAGUACAAGCUGGAGAGAGAUCAGAAAGCCUCAGAGACUCUUUGCAGUUUGCACUCCGAGAAAUUCAAACUCUUCUGUCUGGACCAUCAGGAGCUGGUGUGUUAUAUCUGCAGAGAUGCAGAUAUUCACACCAACCACAGAUUCAAACCUGUCAAUGAAGCUGCACAACAACACAAGAAGAAACUUCAGGAAACUCUGGAGCCCUUAAAGGACAAGUUAAAGAACUGUGAAAAAGUUCAAGUGAAGUUUGAUCAAACGUUGGAACACAUUCAGGUCCAGGCCCAACACACAGAGAUGCAGAUUAAGGAGCAGUUUAAGAAGCUUCAUCAGUUUCUAGAGGAGGAAGAGGAGGCCAGGCUGCGCGCACUGAGAGAAGAAGAGAGGCAGAAGAGUCAAAAGCUGAAGGAGGAGAUGGAGGCUCUAGACAGAGAGAUAGCUGCUCUGUCAUGCACAGUCAGAGCCACAGAGGAUGAGCUGAGAGCUGCAGAUGUCUCAUUCCUGGAUAACUACAAGGCUGCAGUGGAAAGAGUCCAGCAGCAACCCCUGCUGGAGGAUCCACAUCUGCCCUCAGGAGCUCUGAUAGACCAGGCCAAACACCUGGGCAACCUGGGCUUCAACAUCUGGAAGAAGAUGAAGGACAUGGUCUCCUACACUCCUGUCGUUCUUGACCCAAACACAGCUUAUAAAGACCUCCACUUGUCUGACGAUCUGACCUGUGUGAGAGAGAGAGAGGGAGAGGAGCAGCAGCUUCCUGAUAACCCAGAGAGGUUUGAUGAUUUGUUCUCAGUCCUGGGCUCAGAGGGCUUUGACUCAGGAACUCACAGCUGGGAUGUGGAGGUUGGAGACAGUGCGGAGUGGUCACUUGGUUUGUUGGCAGAGUCUGCUGUGAGAAAGGGAUUAACAAUGUCUAAAUUUUGGACUGUAUGGUUCAAUGGUGGGAAGUACGCAGCACUCUCUACAUAUUCAGACACUGAUCUCUCAGUGAGGGAGAGGCUAAAGAGGAUCAGAAUUAAUCUGGACUGUAGCAGAGGAACACUGUCAUUCUCUGAUCCUGAUACCAACACUCACUUACACACCUUUGCAGACACUUUCAUUGAGAAGGUGUUUCCCUACAUUAGAACCAUGGAUAAACCUCCUCUGAGGAUUUUACCACAGGAGGUUAUUGUAAAUGUGCAGCAAAACUAAAACACAGUGAUGAUGACAAUGAGCAUCAGUAAAUGUCGUUUUUUACGGAUGCAACAUGAACAGAUAAAAUGGUGCAAAAUGGAUUAUUUAAAUGUGUUGGUAACUAAUCAGGUAAUCAGUUUGCUAAGACGGGGGUCCUUUUCUUGUCUAUUGUAGGAAUCAGCUCAACAGUCCUGGGUCUUCAUUGUAGGAUUUAAGUUUAAGGUCUGGACUGCAGGUGGACCAGUUCAGCACCUGCUGUGAAGCCAUACUUUUAGAUAGGUGUGGUAUGUGGUUUAGCAUUGUCUUGCUGAAAUAAGCAAGGUCUGCCCUGAUAGAUGUGUUGCCUGGAUGAGAGCAUAUGUUGCUCUAAAACCUAUAUAUAUACUUUGAUAUGGUUGAUAGUACCUUUCCAGAUGUCCACACCAUAGACACUAAUGCAACCCCAUCCCAUCAGAUGUGCAGGCUUUUGAACGGAGCACAGAUAACAAUCUAGAUUGCCCCUCUCCUCUUUGGUCUGCAGGACACAACAAUCGUGGUAUCCAAAAAGAAUUUCAAAUUUAGAUUUAUGUGACCACAGAACAGUUUUCCAUUUUGCCUCAGUCCAUUUUAAAUGAGCUUUGGCCCACAGAAUAUGGCAGUGUUUAUGAAUUGUGUUCACAUAUUGCUUCUUCUUUGCAUGAUACAACUUUUAACUGACAUUUAUGGAUGGCACUGUGAACUGUGUUGACUGACAAUGAUUUCUGGAAGUGUUCCUGAGCCCAUGCAGUGAUUUCCAGUACAGAAUCAUGCCUGUUUUUAAAGCAGUGCCACCUGAGGGGCUGAAGAUCACGGCAUCCAAUAUUGGCCUUGUCCUUGUCCCUACAAUGGUUAGGCACAGUUUUUCACUGAUUGGUGAACCUGUCUCUUUUAUUGACCUGUUGCCAAUUAACCUAAUUAGCUGCAAAUUUCUCCUUGAGCUGUUUUUCAACAGUACCACUCACUCUUCCAGACCUUUUUUGUCCCGUCCCUACUUUUUUGAGGUGUUUUUCUGCCAUCAAAUUAAAAAUGAGCAUAAAUUUGUAAUGAAAUGGUAAAAUGUCAUCUUUCUCAACAUAUGUUGUUUAUGUCAUAAUGUCAA